GACAGCCUGACAGCUAGGUGGUUUGACAAGUUUACUGCUGAAACGUUUCUUCGCUAAAGAAAUAACACCCAGCCACAACAUGGGGACGUUUAUUGGUCACAUCUCGCCCGGACUGGCGUUCUUUUCCUUCGGUAUGCUCUACGCCUUUAAGUUUUCUCUGCUGGUGCUCAGAGGUGAGAAGAUCCCAAUGGUAUCUCCUCCGCGGACGCCUGGAUUCAGGAGCUGCCUGAAACGGAUUCCUGUUGAGGGAGUGAUGAAGAUCGUGUACGGUACGUUGGCGGUCAUGGCAGAGUUCUUUUAUCCUCCCGGAGUCUAUAAAAUGAUCCUUUACAACAAAGAGAAGCCGGAUUACCCAUUCAUCCACCCCAACGAGUGGCAGCAUGCCACUAUGUACGCCUAUUUCGCCCUCAGUGGUUGGGUGGACAUCAUUAGCCAGGCUUGCCUGCCAAGACGCUUGUUCCUAUUUGAAAGCAUCGCCAUCACAGUUGCAUUUUAUAUUGAAGCCUUGCUGCUUUACAACCACAUGCACGGCAAGGAACAGGUGGAAAAUUCAGUGCAUUCGCUGCUGCUUCUCGCCUGCUUCUUCGUUUGCCUCGUCCUCACUGUCGAACUGUGGAGACCAAAUGACCCUGUUCUGUGGUUCACCAAGACAUGCCUGGUGAUGACUCAGGGAACGUGGCUCCUGCAAGCCGCUUUCAUUCUUUACAAACCAUUCACAGGUAUACCCUGGAAGUCCACCGAUAUGGCCAAUCUGAUGUUCGUCACUAGUUUCUUCUGCUGGCAUAUUGCACUGAACGUACUUCUCCUCCUUGCUUUCUUCUUGCUCACUUCAUUCUGGAUCAGCCGGUGCUCUCGUCAUGGAGGAAACUCGUCUUUCCAGAGGACCAAAGAAAUGUUCGUCUUUAAUCUGACAAAGGCUGACGGCGCGGUUUCCCGAGCAGAAUAUAAUAAACUACAGGCAGCCGAGGAGGAAACGCACUUGCUCCAAGAAUGUGACCCUUAAAUCCCGUAGGAAUAAAUUCAACUGUUGGGUGGAGUAGAGGUGUUUUGAUGCAACGAGGUCGGAGCCGAUCUGCUUCCCGUUUUACAGAUGUCCUCCCUUUAAGUUAAAAUUCACCUCCUUCUAUCCUCUGUACCUCCCUACGCCCCAACUUUGAACUACAGAUUUUUGAAUUUAGAAAUACCAGUUUGUACAUUUUAUUUAAUUUUUUUAAAUAAUUUUUUUCGUGGUAAAGGCAGAUAAAAACUUCACAACUUGGAAAAGAAAAUCUUGGAACAUUUUGCCUCUUAUUUUCUUACGCGGUAUUUAAAUGUCUAUUGGUAUCAAGCAUUUUGACACUUGUAGGAAAGUUAGGUUUGAUGAUGUGCAAGUAUUAGCUAGCAAAUGCUAUCGCUCAUUUUAGACUGAAUAUUCACAAAAAAAACCUCAAUGGCUACCUUAGCUAUUGGUUAACAUUUAAUUGCUUUCAUCAUCUUGAUUUAAUGGCCCUUCCCAAUAUUGUGCAGUGCAUCUCCUCUGUGAAUACCCCUACUUUUUAUUUGAUAAUCUCUUUCCCAUUCCCUGUUCUCUUUCAAAUAUAUUGGGAUAUGUUGCAUUUCAUUUUCCAAUAAACCAAUUCCAACCCCCUUUACCCUUUUUGUAUUGUCACUCAAGAGGAAUUGAUGGUGUAGCUCUAUUUAAGAGUUGACCUUUUUCCUGACCCAGAUAACAGCUGGGGUAGGAGAAUAAUGAAUGGACACCAAUGUCAAAUAUCCAUCUGUUGUCGAGAGGUAGCAUGCAGCACACCUUGACAUUCAAAAGCUUUCCACUUCUUGGGCAUUUAGGGCUACUGAAUGCACUGUUAAUUAUUGUGACUGUGCAGGACCUUUCUAACACCUGCUGCAAGAUAAGGAAAAGAUUGUUCUGCAUUUGAGGAUGAGUGCAGUUCUAGCCAGGAAUAAGAAGCACCGUGGACAAGGUAGUCAAUUUGCUGUACAACUCUUCUUGUGAACGUAGCAUGAGCUGCACUUGUUCGAUGUAACAACUUACCAAGACUUCAUUGGUAGCAUUUCCCAAACUUAUGACCUUCAGUGUAUGGAAGAGCAAAGGACAUUUAAAUACAUUCACCUCCAAAUUCCCUCCCAAGCAUCCUGAUUAGGUAUACAGCAUAACAUAAUUCCUUUACUGAUCAAUUUGUAUUGAUAUCCAACCAAAUAUUAUCAAAGAACCACUUCCACACAACUAUGUGUAAUGGAUCACCAACACAAUCUCAAAGACAAUUAGGGAAGAGUAACAAAUAGAACUUUACGAACAAGCCCUUAUCCUCGUUUCAUGGAAGAAAAAAUCUGUAAAUUCAUACAUUAAUCUCUGUAGAAUUGAAUUUAUGAUUUUGUGCUAUAAAGUAAAAAGGAAAACAUGAGUUAUUUUGAACAUUGAGUUACUACAAUUUUAUAGAUCAUGUCAUUCAUAUAGUAUUCUAUUUGGAACUGAGCUAAGGUAUAAAAAAGGCUUUAACUGACAGUCAAAUAAUUAAAAUCAACCAGAACACAGAAUAUUGUGUAUAACCCAGAAGAAGAUAUUAAGGAUCUCAAAUAAAACUUCUAAUAUUUGAAAGCGAUUUUAAUGAAAUUUUGCAUUAUAGUUUAUACAUUUACUUUGAGAAAUAAAAUGUAAUAACAGAAAAAUAUACACUGAUAACAAAAAGCUUGUUCUUUAUGUAAGUGUUUGAAUAGAAACAAAUGCUUUUAUAAGUAAUACAAAGGCUGCUGCUCCAAAGUGCUGUGGGUUGAUUUUCUCUUGUUGUUUGUUAUGGGUGAAACUACAUGGUGACCAAAGCCUUUAGACAUCAAAACAGAACGUGUUGGAAACAUUUGGCAGAUCCGGCAACCUAGGUAAAAGAGAAACAGAACUAAUAAUUCAGGUUCUUGACCCUUCAUGCCUUUAUUUGGGAAGCAAUUGCAACGGAGAUUAAUGAAUAUCUCCAUCUGUUGUUCCCUUUGCAGUAUUUCUGGCUUGAAGUUUCAAUAAAUCUUUUAAGGUGCUACUGUGUAUUCCUUUAUCUAGAUUCUUUGUGAUAUACAGCUCUCAUGUUAUCUAGUACUGCCCCCAGAGUACAAGUAACUUCACCAAGUAUUCCAUAAUGUUUUAUAUCGUUCA